AUGAGGUCUCCUUGGGCGGCUGCGACAGCGGCCCUGUGCCUGCUGGGUCAGGGAGCUGAUGCCAUUUCUUUGACCGUGACCGACAGCACUUCGGUCUUAAACGCCGCGGGUACCGUUGCAUAUGGAUUAAUGAAAUAUUACACGGGAAACAACACUGGCGAUAACCCCGGAAACUUGCCAGACCCAUACUAUUGGUGGGAGGCCGGUGCGAUGUUCGGAACCAUGAUUGAUUACUGGCGCAUGACAAAAGAUUCGUCGUACAACACUGCCACUAUGCAAGCUAUGCUUUGGCAGGCCGGAACCGAUGGCGCCUUUCUGCCCACGAACCAGUCGCUGACUGAAGGAAACGACGAUCAAGGCUUCUGGGCCAUGGCCGCCAUGUCCGCCGCCGAAGAUGUCUUCCCCAACCCGCCAUCCGAUCAACCACAAUGGCUGGCCAUGGCGCAGGCCGUCUUCAACCAGUAUGUCGGUCGAUGGGAUGAGCACUGUGGUGGUGGUCUCCGUUGGCAGAUUUUCUCAUGGAACAAGGGUUACGAUUACAAAAACUCCGUUGCCAACGGCUGUUUCUUCAACGUUGCCGCUCGAUUGGCCCGAUACACCGGUAACCAGACGUAUGCUGACUGGGCCCUCAAGGUCUGGCAGUGGGAGAAGACGAUUGGUCUCAUUGGUCCCCAGUACCAGAUUUAUGACGGUCUGAGUAUCGACAGCAACAACACAUGCGGCCAGAUGGACCAGAACCAGUGGUCCUAUAACGCGGGUAUCUACAUGCACGGCGCCGCCGCCAUGUACAACUUUACCAACAACGCCACCUGGAAGGCCAAUCUGGACGGCAUCAUCACCCAGACAGUUGGCAAGUUUGUCCAAAACGGCAUCAUUUACGAGCAGUUUUGCGAGCCUCGAGGCUUCUGCUCUGUCGAUCAGAGUACCUUCAAGGGCUAUUUGGUCCGCUAUAUGGCCUCUACUAUGCAGCUCGCCCCGCAUACUAUUCAGACUCUUAUGCCCCUGAUCACCAACUCUGCUUCAGCCGCAGCGUCCAUUUGCACAGGGCCGGCCUCAGCCGCAUUCAAGGGAAUCGACGGCACGGGAUGUGGUUUCGCGUGGCUUCCCAAGGGUACAUACGAUGGCAAAAAUGGUGUUGGAUCACAAAUGAACGCUCUGGAUGCCAUCAUGUAUACUCAAGUUCUUAAGGCCCCUGCGCCAGCCACGGCUAAGAAGGGCGGUACUUCGAAGGGUGACCCAGGCGCUGGUAUGGGUAACAUUGAUCCUGCAGGCGACAUUGACAAGGUUACGAAGCCUACUACCGGUGGAAAGGUUGGAGCAGCAAUCCUCACUCUCCUGCUGCUUCUUAGCGUCCUGGGCGGCAGCGCGGUGCUUCUGUUGUGA